AUGUCGAGCCCCGAUUACUACAAGAUUUUAGGAAUCUCUCAGGAUGCCACGCAAUCACAGAUCCGCAGCGCAUACAAGAGGGAAUCAUUGAAAUCCCACCCUGAUCGAGUCCCGGCCGACUCCCCAGAGAGACCUGCAAGGACACGAAAGUUUCAGGAUAUCAACGACGCCUACUAUACUCUAUCUGACCCUGCACGUCGCCGAGAGUACGACGCUGCUCGCGCAUACGAAGCAGCAGACCAGGAAGCGGAAGAGGAGGUGCCACCUAGUGGCGGCAGUGGGUUCUCUUGGUCCAACUUUGGAUUUAGCGGCAAUCGCGAUGACCGUGACAGCAACCAAUUUGGGUCCGUUUUCGAAGAGAUGCUGCGCGAAGAAGGUCUGGCCGAGGAAAAUGAUGGAGAGGGCGGCAGGCGAACUCGCCCAACCGGCCGAUUUUGGGCACUAGUCGGGGGUGUCAGUGGAGGUGCUUUGGGUUUCAUCGUGGGAAAUGUCCCGGGAGCGCUAGCUGGUGCUGUUGCUGGAAAUAGACUAGGUGCUGUCCGUGACGCCAAGGGCAAAAGUGUCUAUGAAGUUUUCUUGGACCUUCCACAGCCAGAUCGAACGCGGCUCUUGAGCGAACUGGCAGCCAAGAUGUUCCAGUCCACAAUGGGACGCUGA